AGCGCCGCUGCCGCGUCCGCGCCCGGCCCCGCUGCUGCUCCCGGCCCGGGCGGGGGGAGCCCGGGGGCCGCGCUGGGCUGGAGCCGCCCCUGGGCCGGCAGCGCCGAGCUCCGCCGGGGGAGGGAGCUGCUGCGCCGGGCCGGCAGGAUUUCUGACCCCUGGGCCGGACGCUCUCCCGGAUGGAGCGAGGGGCAGAGCUGGGGGUCCCGGGUCCCCGGGGCGCUGAGGAGACCCCGAGAGACGCCCGCACAGCGCGUGGGAACGAGGAGGAGGCGACUCAGCCCGGGGUGGCGAAUGAGACGCUGCCAGGAGGAUCUGGAGGGGACGUUUCCCGGAGUCUGGAGCCGGGGAGCCCCGCGGAGGAGAGUGGGGGUGAACCCGCUCCCCGCGGGGGCGACACAAUGGACCCGAGCGAAGCCACGGCCCGGCCAGGGCGACUCUACACCUGCCCGGAGUGCGGGAAAAGCUUCUCGCAGAGCUCGCACUUCAUCCGGCACCAGACGGUGCACACGGGGGAGCGGCCCUACCAGUGCGCGGACUGCGGGAAGAGUUACCGGCAGAACUCGGACCUGGUGAGCCACCGCCGGCUCCACACGGGCGAAGAGCCCUUCCACUGCGCCGAGUGCGGCAAGCGCUUCCGCCAGAGCUCGGAGCUCAUCAUCCACCAGCGCAGCCACACGGCCGAGGCCCCCUACCCGUGCCCCGAGUGCGGGAAGCGCUUCCGCCGCAGCUCGCACCGCCUGGCCCACCAGCGCACCCACACCGCCGAGCGGCCCUGCAAGUGCCCCGACUGCGGCAAGGGCUUCCGCACCAACUCGGACGUGGCGCAGCACCGGCGCACCCACACGGGCGAGCGCCCCCACCAGUGCCCGGACUGCGGCGAGCGCUUCAGCGUGCGCUCCACGCUGGUCAACCACCGGCGGGUGCACACGGCCGAGCGGCCCUUCGCCUGCGCCGAGUGCGGCAAGCGCUUCACCCAGAGCUCCACCCUCAACCGGCACCGGCGCAUCCACGUGGGCGAGCGGCCCUACCGCUGCCUGGAGUGCGGCAAGAGCUUCAACCGCAGCUCCAACCUGCUGACCCACCAGGUGCUGCACACGGGCGAGCGCCCCUUCCGCUGCCCCCGCUGCCCCAAGAGCUUCAACCAGCGUGCCAACCUGCUGACCCACCAGCGCACCCACACGGGCGAGCGGCCCCACCAGUGCCCCGGCUGCGGCAAGCGCUUCAGCCAGAGAGCCAACCUGCUGGUGCACCAGCGGCUGCACGCGGGGGUGACGGCCGGCGAGCGAGAGCGAGGGGGGGAUCCCCAGAAGGAGGGUCUGGAGCGAGCGGAACCAUGUGGGAUGGUGCCGGGACAAUCCCAGGGGAACGCGGCUGGGAGCCCCGAGGGUCAGCACAGCGCAGACAGGCUGUACCGGAGCCAGGGGUGUGGGAGGAGCUUCCAUCAGAGCACCCAGCUUACCAGACACCAGGCCGGCCACACGGGGGAGAGACCCCCCAAAUCCCCCGACUGCGGGAAAGGCUUCGCCCUGGGCUCAGACAUAACCAGACCAGCGUCGUGCGUCCACACGGGCGAACGCCCCCACUGCUGCUCCGAGUGCAGGAAGGGUUUCAGCCGCAGCUCCCAGCUGGUCGAGCACCGCCGGACCCACACGGCCGAGCACCCCUUCCACUGCCCCGUCUGCCGGAAAAGCUUGGGCCAGGUCUCAGCCCCGUUGGGGGUGGGGCCCCGGCUGGCCGUCUCGGGGACCAUGGCCCCCCGCGCCAGCGACUGGCCACACCCCGUGGAGGAGACAGUCCGGCCCUGCUUACACUCUACACAGCCGAAGCACAAGUUCUCCCUCUCACAGUCAGCGCCGCUGCCGCGUCCGCGCCCGGCCCCGCUGCUGCUCCCGGCCCGGGCGGGGGGAGCCCGGGGGCCGCGCUGGGCUGGAGCCGCCCCUGGGCCGGCAGCGCCGAGCUCCGCCGGGGGAGGGAGCUGCUGCGCCGGGCCGGCAGGAUUUCUCAUCCCUGGGCCGGACGCGCUCUCCCGGAUGGAGCGAGGGGCAGAGCCGGGGGUCCCAGGUCCCUGCGGCACUGAGGAGACCCCGAGAGACGCCCGCACAGCAGGCGAGGGGCUGGUGAGCGAGACCGAGGAGAAUCCCGAACAGGACGGUCCGGAGCCAGCAGAACUGCCUGGGACGUGCCUGGGACGUUCCCAGAGUCCUCAGCGGGGAGCGGCCUGUGAGCGGCAGGAUGACAAUGCCACGGCGGAGAGACUGGGUGAGUCCGCGCCGUACGGGGCGGAUUUCACAGGCCCCCACGGGACCGUGGCCCAGCCCAGAGCCUCCCCCGGAGACAGACUCUUCACCUGCCCCGAGUGCGGGAAGGGCUUCGGCCAGAGCGCCCACCUCAUCCGGCACCAGACGGUGCACACCGGCGAGCGGCCCUACAAGUGCCCCGAGUGCGGGAAGGGCUUCAGCCAGAGCUCGGACCUGACCACGCACCGGCGCGUCCACACGGGCGAGGAGCCCUACGCCUGCGCCGAGUGCGGCAAGCGCUUUGCCCAGAGCUCCAACCUGAUCCGGCACCAGCGCACCCACACGGCCGAGACCCCCUACCGCUGCCCCGACUGCGGCAAGCGCUUCCGCCGCAGCUCCCACCUGGUCAUGCACCAGCGCACCCACACCGGGGAGCGGCCCUACCGCUGCCCCGACUGCGGCAAGCGCUUCAGCCACAGCUCCCACCUGCACCGGCACCAGCGCAUCCACACGGGCGAGCGCCCCUACAAGUGCCCCGACUGCGGCAAGAGCUUUGGCGUCAAGUCCACCCUGGUGACGCACCGGCGGGUGCACACGGCCGAGCGGCCCUACGCCUGCGCCGACUGCGGCCGGGCCUUCGCCCAGAGCUCCACCCUCAACCGGCACCGGCGCACGCACGUGGCCGAGCGGCCCUACCGCUGCCCCGACUGCGGCAAGAGCUUCAUCCAGAGCUCCAACCUGGUCACCCACCUGAUCCUGCACACGGGCGAGCGCCCCUUCCACUGCCCCCGCUGCCAGAAAACCUUCAGCCAGAGCUCCAACCUCAGCCGCCACCAGCGGACCCACGCGGGGCGCCGGGCCCGCCCGUGCCCCGAGUGCGGGGAGAGCGUCCCACGCGGCGCCGGCCUGUCCGCCCACCAGAGACGCCAUGCGGGGCAGGAGACGCCCUCCCCGCCCUGCUAGGGCCGGCUGGUCCCCUGGUACCCGCCCACCAGAGACACCACGCGGAGCAGGAGACGCCCUCGCCACCCUGCUAGGGCCGGCUGGUCCUCCUGGUACCCACCCACCAGAGACGCCACGCGGGGCAGGAGACGCCCUCCCCCCCCUGCUAGGGCCGGCUGGUCCUCCUGGUACCCACCCGCCAGAGACGCCACGCGGAGCAGGAGACGCCCUCGCCGCCCUGCUAGGGCCGGCUGGUUCCCCUGGUACCCGCCCACCAGAGACGCCACGCGGGGCAGGAGACCCUCUCGCCACCCUGCUAGGGCCGGCUGGUCCUCCUGGUACCCGCCCACCAGACACCACACGGGGCAGGAGACGCCCUCCCCGCCCUGCUAGGGCUGGCUGGUCCCCUUGGUACUCCCCCACCAGAGAUACCACGCGGGGCAGGAGACGCCCUCGCUGCCCUGCCCAGCCAGAGUGAGGGGCGCGCUCCCCUAUUCCCUCACACCUCUCCCAAGUAUCCGGCCGCCCCAUCCUUGCUAGCAGCUGAUCAGACCCCUCCUCUGGCUCUGCCACGCCCAGGCAGCCCCAUCCGCUCCUCCUUGCUGCCGAGUUCCUGACCCACCUGAUGUGGCAGGGGGAGAAGGAACCUGCCACCCGCCUCUGCAUCUGGCCCAGCUGGAGCCGUGUCGUGUGGGGCGCUACCCUCUCCCCUCGGUGCUGCCCAGGGAGCUGGGCGCUGGGGUGGCUUGUGUGUGAUGGGCUGUGCCGGGGUUUGGCCGGCAGGACGGAGAGCCAGCCCCCCUCGCUCUCAUUUCCCCGGGUCUCCCCACGGAGCGUGUGCUGUGCACCCUGCCAGUGGUACCCGGAGCCCUUGUGGGGGGCUCCCUGCUGCCGGGGGGAGCUGGCCAGUGCUGUCACCCCCUUCCCGGCUGUGUUUAUGAGGAGACGGUCCAUUCUAGCUCCAUGGAUAAAGGCCGAUGACGUCGUCCCGGGAUGGCUGAGUCCGCCCGACGGUGCCAGGAGUCCAGCCAGGUCUCUCCUGCGCAUCCCUCUGCCUCAUUCCUCCUCUCCCCCCUCCCCGGAGAAUUCAGUGCUGGACGGACCCUGCACGUGAUCAAUAAACCAGGUAGCAAAGACCAGGAGUCGCUGCGUCGGGAAGCUCCGGGGUUUCUGUCGGCUGAGGGUGAGAGUCACGGACUGGGAGUGAGAGGCUGA